CCAGCCAGCUUACUCACUCGUUUCAGAAUGCAGACUCCCGGUUUCACCAAAUAUACGGCCCCUGGGAACUAGGAGGCCUCAUCCAGCUGACGCAUCGCUGUAACCGACUUGACUCUGAACUGCAAUCUCUGAUGAUCUUGGUUUGAAUAAUAAUCCACAGAAGACUUUUUAAAAUAGGGCACUAUGCCAGUGGCUGCCCCAAGGAAUGCUGCAGGUCAUUCAUGCAUCAGUGCUGGCUCUGCCAUGCCUGUCACCUGCACUACCCCCACAGUGUGGAAGAUGUGGUGGUUGGUCCAUGUGCCAGCACUCAGCUCAUGCUGGGCUACCUGGAAGAGCAUGGCUUCACCGAUCCCAUCCUCAAGCCCAAGAAAGAUGGGCUGGGCCUGGCCAUCCUUGCCCCACCUGCUGCAUCAGCCACAUCAAGAACUACAUGGGUAAGUGCCCUCUCUUGGCUGUGGGGGCCCAGGGCCUGCUUUUAGACCUUCAGGCUUGGGUGGCCUUGGGGACUCAAUCCCAGGAUGCUCUGGCUGCCUCUUUAGUUUAGAGUGGGCAUGGAAAUGACUGCAUGUGGGUUUCAGGGAGCAGAGCUAGGUAUGAUGGUCUGUGAAAGGUGCUCAGCCAUGCUCAGGUUAUGCUGAGAAUUAUACAUGGCCUCCUGCUAAAGUAGUGUGUGACUCUGGCCAGCCCCUUCCCCUUUCAGGUCACUUGAUUCAGCUAAUCAUAUACUCCACCACCAUUGGUUGUCCUGUGACCCUGUGAUGCCCAGGGAUUCCUGGAGGUCUAUGUCCUCUUCCACGAGCUUGGCAGUUUCCGGAGCCUCCUGGCCCAUCAUCCUCUUAGCCCAGGUCCUGCCUUCUCCAAAGCUUAGUUCUGCAUUUGGUCUGGAUACCGUGAGCAAGUGAUGUCAUUGGCAGCUCACCAUCUCAUGUUCCAUUUCCAGCUGCUGGUGCUUUGGAUACAUGCAGGAGUGUGACACCUGGGGUGUGUUAGGGGUGGCCAGCAAGGCAGCCUGUCAUGGAGAGGCCAGCAAUCCCCCCCAGUGGCCAGAUGGCCUGUGCUUUGGUACCCUCACUGUUGCUGGGGCUCCUGAUGCUCAUGGGAGAUGUCUCAUGGCCAGUGGAGGAGGAAGGAAAACCCUGAAAAGGAAAACAUCUGUCCAGCCAUGGGUCACUUGUCUGACAGGUGAAGACACAGCUCUGAUGAUCUAAGUUUGACUGUUUUCAUCUGUCAUCCCAUGCAGGGGUGUGUUUGUAUUUAGGGUCUAGAUAAGCUGCUAGGAAAACAGUAGGCAGUCUGCACAGGAGCCUUCAGUAUUCCUGAGACCCAUCACAGUUGCCAUCCCCAUUUCAGCUGUAGAUGGGUCCCUGCUCCUUCUCUGGUGCCGCUUGUCCUCCUCCAGGAACAGCUCUGGAGCAGAACAGAGCAGGGUUAUUGACUUGCUGCAACAAGGGAGAGCAACACAUGGGGGACAGAGGGCAUCUCAGAUGAGAUGUUAGAAAGGGCUUUUCCAAUACAGCUAUUUUAGGUUAUUUGAUUUUCUUAAUUCUUUGUUUUGUCUGAGAUGUGGUUUUUCUGUGGUGUGUUUUUAAAAUUUUUGAUAUAUAGGGUUUAACAAAAAGAAAAAGAAUGGCUUGUUGCAGGAUCUGGGCUGGAGUUAGGUGAUUUGGGGGGCCUCUGAGGAAGUGAGGCUGUGCUCUGUAUUGGAUGCCCUCAGCAAGUGGGGUAAUUCUGUGUUUGGGUAUCAUAAUGAUGCUCAUCCAGCAGGAGGGAAGGCUUGAGUGUGGUUCCAGCCGUGGUUGGUAAAGAAGCAGUGGCCAUGCACAUGAGCCUUGAUGGGGAUGCUAGGUCCUUUGUUUGGCUUGUCUAGUGCUUGUGUCAUCUGUUUUCAGACAUGAUAAUUUAUAGUCUUGUUUUUGUCUUUCUCCAUUGUGGUGGUCACAGACUGGCCUUGUCUGGGUUGGGUCCAUGAGAUGGCUGUCAGCAUGAGAACGCGGAGGCUAGGCCCUGGCUGUCAGGGCUGCUUCUCCCUUUCUCACACUAAGACUCACUUUUUCAGCUGGGCAGAUGCCCAUGUCCCCCAGGCCUGUGGCAGUAAUGAUGAUGACUAAUAUUUCUAGGAGACCCAUGAAGCACCUGGCAGUUUUCUAAGCUCUUCACACAUGUGAACCAAUUUCAUCUUGGUCACAGACCUGGGGGUUGGGGACCCUGCUCUGCCCCUGAGACUCCAGGCCCUGCAGCCACCAAUGGCUGGGCCAGGGUGGCAUGUGCUCACCCCAUCUCCACUAUGGCUGGCCCUACAGUAGACGGAACACCUUCUUACAUCAGGGAAGAAGUGACUUGAGGCUUUUAAUUUUUACUUUCUUUCUUUUUCCUCUUAAUUUUACUUUUUGUUAUGGAAGUUUUCAAACAAGAAGGAGGGAAAUAGGCAGUGAACCCCUUUGCACCCUCACCAGGAGCUGAGGCCACCAGUUUCCUGCCAUUUUGCUGCCUCCCUCACCUUUCAUUUUCACUUGGAGUAUUUUAAAGCAGAUCUCAGGAGCAUACAUCAUUUCACCGAUAAAAAAUCUGGUAUACUUUUAAAAAUAUAAUCACAAUUCCGUUAUCGCACUCUAUGACAUAAUGAUAAUUUCAUAAUGUCAUGCGAGACCUAGCAUAAUUCUUUCCAGGUACUUCAAAAAUAUCUUUUUUGCCUUUGGUUUGAAUCAGAAUGCAAACGAGCUGCACACCACGUUUUGUUUUUAUCUUUCUUUAGACUCUUUUACUCGCUAAACACCUCACGUUAUUUUCCAAAUAGUGCAUUGUUUAUAGCAGAUUGAUUUACAGCAAAAUUGCUCAGAAAGAACAAAGUCCCCAAUUUCCCAUUCCCCAGCCCCUUCGCACCUCCCCCCAAUUAUUAAACAGUGUCCCGGUUAUUAAGGUCUUACAUAGUGGGGUACAUGCAUUACAAUCAUGACCCAACACUGAGACAUAAUUAAAGCCCAUAGUUUACAGUAAGGCCACUCUCUGCAUGUACAGUUCUGUGGUUUUGACAGAUGCUGAACAUCCUGAUCUAACAUUGCAGUUUCCUGCAGAAUAGUUUCACUGGACUAAAAAUGCCCCAUAUUCCCAUUCUUGUCCCUUUUCCUUUUCCCCAAAACCCAGGGCAACAUCUGAUCUUUUAACCAUAUCCCCCUGCCUUUUUUCAUUCCAUUGAUUUCUUAGGAAAACAGAGUUUUCAUUCCCACACACUGGAUUUGGUUGACGGCUUCCCUGUGGUGUCCUGUUAUUUCCUGGAAAUGGGCAGUUAGUGGCUUGGUUGGAUUCAUGUUCAUUUUUCAGGCAGAAUUCUGUCACAGGGGCUGGGUGCUUCCUUCCAUAAGGAGGCCCACAGGACCCCACCACCCUCUCUCAGUGAUGUCAAGAUGGGUCCCUGGGCCAGUGGCCCAGCCUCCCCUGUCCACAGAGAGUCCCCGUCAACUUUUCAGGCAUCACGUAGAGCAGCCGUCAAGGAUCCUUGCCAAAGGAGUGUCCCCUUCUAUCUUUCUUCUUGUAAAAAGAACUUUCCCUCCUUUGUUAUUCAGCUAUUCUGAGCUUUCUUUCCUUCACAGUUUUUACCCUGAACUUGUCUUCAUCAGCUGCAGAAAAUGCAGGAUAAGUGCUUUUUCCUUUAUGUACCAGUUUACCCAUUUUCAGAAUAAUGAGUCAGUGCCCUAGGAUUGUUGCAGGGUUAUUUUUGAAAGAUUUUAAGUGUAUGUCCCAUGCAUUAUUUCGGACACAUUUAACAGAAAAAAAAAAAAAACCUCUUGUUGAGUGGAAAUUCAGAUUUAUUGGGUAUCCUGGAUUUCUAUUUGGUCAUCUGGGCCCCCACCUGAGGCCCCAUCUCCUCACUGUGCCUACAUCAUGGGGUUCUCGUUAGUCUGAGGGAGGGAGGGUGUAAAAUGCUUUGUCAGUGGAGAAAGCUGGAAGGUGGGACCCGGAGCCUGGGAGCCCAGCGGCUGCGAGUGUGUUUGCCCUGCCCUUGUGCACCUGCUCUCUGUGGUCAUCUUCACAUGUGGCUGUCCCUCGAGCGGCCUGGUGAGCUUACCCCGGGAAUGGCUUAGCACCUCCCACCAGCUUCCCCGGGACCUGAGCACAGUGUGGACAUGAUGGACGUCACCAAGCAGAAGGACUGCUAGAUGAAGCUGAAGUUUUUGCACUACUACUACGGCACCAACCUGAAGCAGGUCCUCAAGUUCACCAGCCUCAAGUUCUGUGACACCAGAGCUGACAUGGUUUUGACCAAUGAUGGCUGUGAUUUCUGGGGUGGAGGCUGAGAUCUGCCAGUGUCCUUUUUGCCCGAGGACACUGAGACCUGAUUCUCAGCCGAAUGUCCAGCUUCAUGGAACCUCCUGACAUUAUAAAAAACAGCCUUUGGGAGAAAACUGCUGGCCUGAUGAUGCUUUGCUGGCUAAACUCAAAGUGCCCAAGUCCUGCCUGAUGUGUGUGAAGGACAGCUACACUGACUCCUGCAUUGGUUCAGGAGGUGUCUCUGCCUGGUUCCACCUGCUCAAGGUUCUCAAAAAUCUGGGAAGCAGCUGCUGCCUCACUGAUUCCAAGGAGCAGAAAUUCUCAAUGGAGCUUGCAGAUCAGGGACUGAGAAACAGGAGUAUCGGGGUAAUAACCUACAUUCUCCUAAGUGGGGCCUCCCCAUUUCUUGGAGACACAAAGCAAGAAAUGUUGGCAGAUGUGUCCACUGUCAACUAUGAAUUUGAGGACGAGUACUUCAGUAACACCAGUGCCCUCGCCAGAGAUUUCAUAAGAAGACUUCUGGUCAAGGAUCCAAAGAAGAGAAUGACAAUUCAAGAUAGUUUGCAGCAUCCCUGGAUCAAGGAUGAGGACGACUCCUUUGUGAUGAAAGCCAUCAUCCAUGCCAUCAGUGAUGACAACGUCCCAGGCUUGCAGCACCUUCUGGUUAACCAACCCAACAAGCGUGGGACACCUCUGUUUCUGAUUGCUGCCGGCUGUGGGAAUAUUCAAAUACUACAGCUGCUCAUUAAAAGAGGCUUGAGGAUCGACGUCCAAGAUAAGGGCGGAUCCAGUGCCAUCUACUGGGCAUCUCGGCAUGGCCACGUAGAUACCUUGAAAUUUCUCAAUGAGAACAAAUGUCAUUUGGAUGUUAAAGACAAGUCUGGAGAGACAGCGCUACAUGUGGCAGCUCACUACGGCCACGCCAACAUGGUCCAGUUACUUUGCAGUUUCGGCUCUAAUCCCAGUUUCCAGGACAAGAUCAACAUCAUGCAGAGAGAAACAGUCCAGGACGUGCUGCUCCUGGACCCCUGCUGGCUCUGCACUGGAGUCCUGGGGAAGCUUCUGCCUGUUGAGACACCUCGAGCCCUGCACCAUUACCAGGACCACUACACCAUGGAGGACAUCCAGCACUUGGUGCCUGACUGUGACGUGGAGGAGCUGCUGCAGAUCCUGGACGCCAUGGACAUCUGCGCCUGGGACCUGAGCAGCAGCACCCUGGUGGACAUCCCGGCCCUGAUCAAGACAGACAACCUGAACCACUCCUGAAUGGACGAGGAGGAUGAGGCGAUGGUCUAUGGCGGGGAUGCAGCCCAACUUCCCGUGGAGAUUCCGGUGCAUUCCUCCUAAGCUCCCAAAACAAGGACUACCCUCUCCUCCCACCCCUUCACCCAUUUCUCUGCCACUGCCUCCCUCCCUCUCACAAUUCCUUUGUAUGUGAAUGUUCUUUCCAGUCUAAGAGCAGACCAUCUCCUUUACUUUGGCCAUUUGAAAAGCUUGUGUAUGCUGCUCUCUCAACUCAGUGUAGGGCUGACGGGCAGAAGGUGAACAGAUAGCAUCGGGUGCUUCAACAGAGGUAUUUCAGGAUAAGCAAGCAGUGACUGACUGUUUAGAGAUGUGGAAUUAUGUUUCUAAAUAGAGCAAAAUCCAUGCUCAGAGGGCAAAUUCAUUAUCUACGGAUAUACUUCUUUGCCUGAUAUAGCUUUUUUGUCUCAAUUUUUAAAAUAUUGCUUAGCUUCCCAACUGCUGGAAGUGGCCUGCCCAUUUCAGUGAAUGAGAAUGAGUAACCCUUUCCUCUACAAUUGCAACUCUUUCUCAGCCGUUUUAGCCCCCAAUUUUUCAUUGGUUUUAAUUUCAAAGGAACAAAUAUUAUUGUAAAAUGUUUUUUUCAAACUAUAUAAAAGUGUAAAGUAUAUUGUUGAUUGGAAAAAAUAAAGAAAAUAAAAGUGUUAGGCUAUAAUGUGCUAUCAUUUGUAGAAAAGAAAAGAAUGAAAUGAGAAUCUAUAUUUGUAUGUGUUCUUAGAUGUGUGAAGAAAUUCUGGAGGAACAGAUAAGAAACCAACAAUAGAUAUUACAUGGUUGGAGGUGGGGACUGAGAUGGAAGGAAACUUCUUACCAUAGUUCUUCCUAUAUUUGGGAGAGUUUGAACUAUGUAGUGACUUUAUUACUCAUGUAGUCCCAGAAAGAACUUUCUUGCAUUAUCUCUUCAUAACAUGCCUUCCACUGCAAAAUCAGGCCUGCAGCUUUUCCCAUGUGUUCCCUGUGCCAGAUCCCAUGGAAGGAUGAUCACCAGGUUGCUCUCAACCACUUCAGCAGGGACCUAGUCUAUAGGAAGGGUUCAUCCAUCCUAUUUUUGUUUCCUGUGUUUAAGCCACUCUCUAACAAGAUACUUCCCCCAAUUCACCAGAAGAAGGGACUGUUGGUAGCCAUUACUCAAGACAACAUCAACAGCAAUUUGAAACCAGAAAAAAAGUGAAAAGGAUCACUCAAUGAUUUGGGACUGAAAAGCAGAGUCAGUUGAGUUCCUCAUAAAGCCUGAACUGUUGUGCAUCUUUGGUAUUCAAUAGAUGUGAUUUAGAACCCUUCUCCCACUUCUUUGCAGUGUGACCUUGGACAAGUUACCUAAGCUCUCUAUUACUUAUGUGUCUUACCUCACACUUAUGGGUAUCUGCAUCUCGUAAGUUGGGGAUUCUAACCUCCUGCCUCCUUGUAGGUUUCUUGUAGGAGUCAAUGAAAGGAUUAAAUGUAAAGACAUGUCACAGUGCCUGACAAUCAUGUAGUUGUUGUCAUGAAAUAUUUUGUAUUCUUUAGUGAAGAUGCAGUAAGACCUUUCCAGCUACUUCUCUUUUGGUCUCCCACAUGUAGUCUUAAGAAGCAGGGGAUUUCUUUUCUCUCCCUCUCAAGUGGCAAAAUAGAAACUUCCCAUCUUGACCUGUGUUCCCGUUUUAGUCCCUGCUAUUUGAAAGUACUUAUGAUAGAAACUAAAUGUUCAUGCAGAUGUGGCAUAUUGCUUGAAUGUGACAUUAACAUGGGUUCCUCAGAAUUCUUUGCACCUGUGACAUUGAGGGACAAUGUGUUCUUCUGAUUUCUCCUAUCUCAGUGGGAAAGUGUACAGUAUGAGAAACCAAGUUAACAUCUCAGAAAAUUACACCUCUUCAAGUGUAAGGAUUUCUUUGGAAACUUCCACAUAUAAGGAUGGGAAGAGUUUUAGUGGUUUUUUUUGUUGUUGUUGUUUUUUUCCACAAUUCUAAGAAAAUGUAAUUCUAAUAGAAAACUAUAAUUAAAUUGAUCUUUUGCUGUUA